AUGAGAUUCUACAACUCCUUCUUCACCGGCUUCUUGUCCUCAACCAUCACUUCGAAGUACACCAUUCCGAGGCGGGACGAGAUGUCGUGCUCGAUGUUGAGGGCGUACGCACGGCAUUCGACAAUGACGAGCUUGUUGCGAGGGAUGGAGUCGAAUUUGACCAUGGCGAUUGGUUCGCCCGUCGAUUCCGCUCGAUGGCAUGUAAAUGACUUUUCCAAUGUGCUCCUGAUCGACGUUGGUGGCUCCACGGCAGUUGAUGGCGAUCGAUCCUGGCUUGUAGCGUUCCUUGACCUCUUCUGGGACAGAGUUGGCUGGGAAAUCGGUUGGACGCCAUCCGAUGAGACGAUUCAACGAGAUGAUGACACAUGUCAAAAAACUCACUGGAUUCUGCUCAAGAUCAUCAUUGCUAUCCCCGCUUCCACAUUCCCGAGUCUCCGUCGCAUUCGAAUCGUACUUGCUGAGAUAUCCCUUGACCUGUUCAACGUAUGCUUUGUAGAUAUUCAAUUCGUCUUCACGGCGCCCUUUGGCAAAGGGGCGAUGGCUAGAAGUCCACCAGAAGUCAUUGGUCCAGAUGUUGAAGCAGUAACUCGUGGAGACAUUGGAGGAGUUGGAAGAGCUUUCAGACUGCUCAAGUAG